AUGACCGUUCCCACUUACUAUCCUUUUCGUACACUCAAAAUUCAUUUUUUGCCCUUUGACUCUGGACUUCUCUGGGGCCAGCAGCCCGCCGACCAGGGGUCCGGGGCCACGCGGGCUCAGCCGACUGCCUUGAGCUCUGUGUCAGACCAGCAGUUUGCAGGUGUUGGCGCUGAGGCGCAGGAGGACGCGGCCCGGGCGGCCGAGGAGCCGCAGCUGCUGCGCGGAGCCGGCAUCUGUACGUGGUUCAACGUGCGCGUGGGAUUCGGCUUCCUGCCCAUGACUGCCCGCGCCGGGGUCGCACUCGACCCCCCCACCCCCCGGGUGGAUGUCUUUGUGCACCAGAGUAAGCUGCACAUGGAGGGCUUCCGGAGCCUGAAGGAGGGUGAGGCCGUGGAGUUCACGUUUAAGAAGUCGGCCAAGGGCCUGGAAUCUAUCCGAGUCCCCGGCCCUGGCGGGGUGUCCUGUAUUGGGAGCGAGAGGCGGCCCAAAGGGAAGAACAUGCAGAAACGCAGAUCAAAGGGAGAUGGGUGCUACAACUGUGGAGGUCUAGACCAUCAUGCCAAGGAAUGCAAACUGCCACCCCAGCCCAAAGGGUGCCACUUCUGCCAGAGCAUCAACCAUAUGGUAGCCUCGCGUCCACUGAAGGCCCAGCAAGCUCCCAGCUCCCAGGGAAAGCCAGCCUACUUUCCGGAGGAGGAGGAAGAGAUCCAUGGCCCUGCCAUGCGCCCAGAGGCCCAGAAUUGA